AUGGCCAAGUCCAGCCUGCUUCCUGCGAUUCUUGCAGCAUUUGCCCUGGGCUCCCUGUCAUUUGUGGGCUAUCAGCCGGCAGCCCGCACUGCGGACAACCGCGUGGCCAUGAGGGGAGCUGCAGUCGAGUGGGACCCAAAGCUGAGCCGAGAUGUGGUGGAGGUCAUGUUCACGGCUCCGGCGCAAGGUGCGCGUGCGCGCAUGCUGGUGCGGUCUGACGCUGACGUCAUGGAGGUGCUGAAGGAUGGACGAAAGAAGUUGGGGUUCGACCAGGAGUGGAUGCCAGACACCGACUUCAAGCUCUACAAUGCUGAGGAUGAGGACGCCGGACCUAUGAAGGGCAAGAUGAAGGACAACGGUCUCAUCGACUUCUCCUUCGAGAUCCACAUGUACUACGAGCCCCAGUAA